UUCCAGCCUCCAGGCCUGCAUUUCCGCAUUUUCCCUGCAAAACGGAGCCCUUUCCUGCGUAUUCUCCAUGUAAAGUGACACCGGAGCCGUAGGAAGCAGUCAGAGGGAGUUUGAGAAUCCGUCCACCACGUCUACACACUUCUCUUCUCAACUACAGUGAUCGAGAGGGUUUGAGGAAACUCUGCUGCAGCGCCCGAAAGCAGCAACGAGCCCUUUACAAAACACAAACGGAAGAUGAUACGGUUAUUGGUACAGAUGAUUCUACCGGCGAUCUUAGUGACAUUCGUGGCGUGCAACGCGCCGCCGGUACCGUUAGAUGACAUCGUGAUAGAGAAGACGUUCACUCCGGAGCGCUGCGACCGGAUGGUCAAGUCAGGAGACUUUGUUCGGUAUCAUUACAUCGGCAUGUUCCCUGAUGGAAAGAAGUUUGACUCUAGUUAUGACCGUGGCACCACCUAUAAUGUGUUUGUUGGUCGGAAGCAGUUGAUCGCUGGAAUGGACAAAGCUUUAGUGGGCAUGUGUGUUAAUGAAAGAUGGAUGAUCAAAAUCCCUCCACAGCUUGCCUACGGAAAGGACGGUUAUGGUGACAUCAUCCCCGCAGAUUCCAUCCUUCACUUUGAUGUGUUGAUGUUGGACAUUUGGAACACAGAGGACAAGGUGCAGAUAAAGACCUACCACAAGCCAGAGAGCUGUGUCCGCACUGUACAAGUGUCUGAUUAUGUCCGAUACCACUACAAUGGUACUCUGCUCGAUGGCACGCUGUUCGACUCCAGUCACACACGUAUGCGCACAUACGACACUUAUGUGGGGAUUGGCUGGCUCAUUGCAGGAAUGGACCAGGGGCUUUUGGGAAUGUGUGUGGGAGAAAAACGCAUCAUCACCAUGCCACCUUUCCUUGGCUAUGGAGAGAAAGGGGAUGGAAGUGACAUCCCCGCUCAAGCCUCUCUGGUAUUUGAUGUGAUUCUGCUGGACCUUCAUAACCCUAAAGAUGAAAUCACAGUAGAAGUGCAAAGCCUUCCAGAUCCCUGUCCACGCAAGAGUCAAGUAGGAGACUUCAUGCGUUACCAUUAUAAUGGAUCCCUGCUGGAUGGCACAUUCUUUGACUCCAGUUAUUCAAGGAAUCGCACAUAUGACACUUACAUCGGUAAAGGCUAUGUGAUCACAGGAAUGGACAAAGGACUCCUGGGUGUGUGUGUUGGAGAGCACAGGAGGAUUGUUAUCCCACCUCACCUGGCGUAUGGAGAAGAGGGCACAGGAACUAAGAUCCCUGGCUCAGCUGUGCUGGUGUUUGAUGUCCACAUUAUUGAUUUCCAUAACCCAUCUGAUAUAGUUGAGAUCACCGGUGUGAAACCAGAGAAUUGCACCCACAAUGCAAAACGUGGUGACUUUGUCAAAUACCACUACAAUGCCACUCUCAUGGACGGCACUUACAUCGGCUCCACGCACAACUCUGGUAAGACAUAUGAUGUGGUUCUGGGGGCUGGACAGGUGGUCAUAGGCAUGGAGCAAGGGCUUAUAGGAAUGUGUGUUGGAGAGAAGCGCAGGCUAGUCAUUCCACCUCACCUUGCCUAUGGAGAACAGGGAGUAGAUGGUGAGGUCCCUGGCAGUGCUGUGCUGGUGUUUGAUGUUGAGUUGGUGGACCUGGAGGACGGUCUUCCUGAAGGCUACAUGUUUGUGUGGAACGGCGAUGUCUCACCCAAUCUUUUCAGUGAGAUGGACAAGAACAAAGACGCACAAGUGGACACUACUGAGUUUUCAGAUUACAUCCUGCAGCAGGUAGAAGAGGGCAAAGGUCGUCUGGCUCCAGGUUUUGAGCCGCAACGCAUCAUACAGAACAUGUACGAUAACCAGGAUCGCAACAAGGAUGGACGAAUCACAGAGGAUGAGUUUAAACUCAAGGCAGAUGAAGCAGGCUCUCAUGAUGAGUUAUGAGGCUGGACUCAGGGAUGAAGGGUUUUGAUUGGUUGAAUAUUAUAAAUGGGGAGGGUAUAAAGACACUGAAUUUGUCAGUGAAGUGUAACUCAGUGAUGUUGUUGACUUUAGAUGUUUGUCUGAGAGGUGUAUGCAUGUAUGAGUGUGCAUAAUUGUGUUUAUAUAUGAUUUUUUUUGUACGGGUCUUUGAAUGUUUGUAGGAGUCUGGAGUGAUACAAAUGUGCAAAACAUUACUUUGUAAAAAAAAUCCCUUAAAUAAACACAUUCCAACCCCCAAA